GACCGGAGAACUGAACGCUGCGGCUGGAAGCUGGUGAGGCAGUGCGGCGAUGUUCCGGAUCGAGGGCCUUGCGCCGAAGCUGGAUCCGGAGGAGAUGAAGCGGAAGAUGCGUGAGGACGUGAUCUCCUCCAUAAGGAACUUCCUUAUCUACGUGGCCCUGUUGAGAGUCACUCCAUUUAUCUUAAAGAAAUUGGACAGCAUAUGAAGAUUGGACAUCACAAGUACAUGCAUGAUAUGAAGAACCUGGUUACAGUUUCUCCUCCUAUCUGCAAAUGAAUGGGCCCAGAAUGGUGUAAGAGACUCUUUGAUUGAAUGGACAUAAAAAUUCUACUUGUUAAGAACAAGUUGGGCUAUGAAUACUGACCUUCAUAGCUAAAAUAUACAACAAUUUGGAAAGUAUGAAAAGACAUCUUGUAAUUAUAGUGUGACCUUAUGCUUGUGAUACUUGGCCUCUGAAUGUUGGUAUGAAUGUAAAUAGUGUCAAACUCCCUUUCAUUAAUUAUAAGGGGAUUAUGUCUGAAA